ACAGGGCAGGGCUGUGAUCGUGUCAGGUGAUGCAGCAGCAGCCACUACUCUCUCUAUUAUCUUUCUUUGUAGAGAAAUCACUGGUCCCUCAACCCGGAUGCUGUGCCACAACCAUCGAUAAUUUUCCCCAAUGCGCAGCGCUGUAGGUUGAGGAAGGUGCGGUAAUAUUUCAGUACCCUUGAAGCGGACUCUUGCCGGAUCUCCACGCUUCUGACCACCGGGCUCCGCAUCCGAGCCUGGAGGGCAGGCAGGAUCAUAAUUUAUACUUAAAGUAGGGGAGGGUGAAGCGGCCACAUUAAGGCAAACACCUCCCUGCUCCUGGAAGAUCGUGACUACUUUCACGCCGUUUUAGCCGUAGUGGAAGGGUGAAAAAGAGGGAGGAAGAAAGAGAAAGGGGAGCAGAGCAUCACUACAGAGAGAGAGAUGGCGGAGUGCGGGCGAAAGGCGCUGUCUCUCCUGGAAGCGGCCCGCUCCCGGUACGAGAGUCUGCAGAUAUCCGACGACGUGUUCGGCGAGUCCGGGGAUGACAGCAGCGACAAUCCCUUCUACAGCACCUCCGGAGACUCCGACUCUGACAACUACAUAGGCGAGGUAGGCGAGGAGGACCAGCACCAGCACCACCACCAAAAACGGGGCGGUAAGGAGAGCAGCGGGCAACGCGGGGGAGCAGGAGGUGGCGGCGGCGGGAGCAUUGGAGCCGGUCCCCCGGGCUCUCUGUCCCGUAGUCAGGCAGAGGAGGAGGGCUGGACGGAGACUCUGCAGGAUGUCACAGUGCCGCCGUUUAAAGAAACAUAUGGCCCUGCUCAGAAAAUGCCGGUCACAGCCACAGCUUUGGACUUCUUCCAGCUCUUCGUCCCAGACAAUUGCAUCCAAAACAUGGUCACCCAGACUAACAUGUAUGCCAAGAAGUUCCAGGAACGCUUCGGCUCAGACGAAGGCUGGUGUCCUGUCACAGCCCAGGAGAUGAAGGCCUUCCUGGGCUUUGUCACCUCCACCAGUGUGCACCGCUGUGAGUCAGUGCUCAGCAUCUGGAGCUCAGGCUUCUUCAGCAACCGAAGCAUCGCCUUGAAGAUGAGCCAGGCGCGCUUCGAAAAGAUCCUCAAGUAUUUCCAUAUUGUGGCUUUCCGGCCGUCACAGGGAAGCAACCAGGGCCUGUACAAGAUCCAGCCUUUCCUGGACUCGCUGCAGCAUUCGUUCAGCUACACCUUCAGACCUUCACAGACACAGGUGCUUCAUGAGCCAUUGAUAGACGAAGAUCCGGUGUUCAUUACCACCUGUACAGAAAGAGAGCUGAGGAAGAGGAAGAAGAGGAAGUUCAGUCUCUGGGUUCGACAGUGUACCUCCACCGGAUUCAUCUGUCAGAUCUCAGUCCAUCUGAAGGAGGGCACCGACGCUCUGGCCACCUUGAAGAACAAACCUCAGCUCCAUAGUCUUGUGGCCAAGCAGCUCUGCCAAAACAUCUCCGGCAAGAACAGCAUCAUCUUCACUGGGCCGUCCAUCACAAGCCUAAGCCUCUUCACUGAAUUCAGCAAACAAGAUAUCUACUGCUGUGGACUGCUGAGCACCAGGAAGAGUGACUGUACAGGCUUACCACAAAACAUGCUGGUCUGUGGCUCCACGCCAGCGCAACGCGGCCAAUCACGAGUAAUGAUGAAAGGCAGCAUGUCACUGAUCAGCUGGUACAACAAGGGACACUUCAGGUUUCUCACCAACGGCUAUUCCCCAACAAAACAAGGUAUCAUCAUUAAGAGGAAAAGCGGCGAGAUCCCAUGUCCCUUGGCUGUUGAGGCCUUUGCAGCGCACCUCAGCUACAUCUGCAAAUAUGACGACAAGUACAGCAAGUACUUUAUCUUCCAUAAGCCCAACAAGACCUGGCAGCAGGUGUUUUGGUUAAGCAUCAGCAUUGCCAUUAACAACGCGUACAUCCUCUACAAGAUGUCCGACGCCUACUCGGUGAAACGCUACAGCCGAGCACAGUUUGGAGAGAGACUGGUCAGAGAGCUGCUGGAUUUAGACGACUGCUCCCCCACACUGUGAGGAGGAGGCGGAUAAGGACAGCAGGAGCUCACGCACACACACACAAAAAACCCACACGCACACACACCCACACAAUCCCGACACAUGCAUUCACACUUCAUUAUAGUUGUAUGGACUCAGCAGUCUGUGUCUUUGUGAUAAUACUGAAGCAGUGCCAAGCCUGGCAUGUCUCUCUUCCUCUAGUUGAUUUUUGUGGUAGCCUACUGUAAAUAUUCAUUAACACAGGACUGCACCCUACACAAUAGAGAAUCCAGAGCCGUGGGACAGUUCACAUGACUCAACUGCAACUUUUAACCACACAGUUUUACUAAGGAUUUGUCAGCAGGAGCUAUUUCACAAGCAGAGAUGCAGGCCAGAACAGUGAAACCGGGAUGAAUUUAUCCUUAAAUGAUGUCAGCUUCGAGUCUUAACUCACCAGUGGGUGUGUUCAAACAUGUCUAGAGCUAUAUGUAGCUCAAUAUUUACACUCUGCAAAAACACUUGGGACCCUGUAACAAAAGCUUAGUAAACCAAGACAAUGGUGUGUUCACACACUGCAUGCAUAAAGGAUGGGGAUUGUGAUGUUCUCUUGUUCGGUGUGAACAUUUUUGAUCUCUGCUCCAGUUGGGUUUUGAAGUGUGUGUGUGUGUGUGUGUGUGUGUGUGUGUGUGUGUGUGUGUGUGUGUGUGUGUGUGUGUGUGUGUGUGUGUGUGUGUGUGUGUGUGUGUGUGUGUGUGUGUGUGUGUGUGUGUGUGUGUGGAUUAAGGAAGUGGAACUGCCAUUUGUGUGUGUGUUAGUGUUAAACCUGAGGAUGUAAAUGUACGGUUAUUGUGACCCAGAUGUGUCGUGUUGCUGCAUACUGUACUCGCUAGAGGAAGACUGUAGGGUGAUGUACAGCCACACACAGCAGUGGGCUACCAAUUCACAUCCUCCCAUUUUAAAAGGGCCAAGAAAAUACUUUUAGAAAACCACUCUUUUAGAUGUUUUUAAGCCCAUAAAAAAACGGUAAAUUUCCAUUAU